AUGGGAGCGAACCGCCCCCAGGAUCACUCAGGCGCGCCGAGAUCCCCUGACCAGAUCGUUUCGGUGACCAUUUCGGAGGGAUCGCCGAGUACAACUGCGAUUCCAGCCCCUAGUGGACAACCUGACCAUGAAAUUGACACCGACUCUCCCCUUGACAAUUCAAACUUCCUCUCGUUCGAAGACUGGAAAAAGCAAAACCUGGCGAAGGUGGGCCAGUCCGCGGAGAAUGUUCGCGGACACAGACACGCGGGUGGGAAAGACGACCGACGAAGGCCGACGGGGAUCAAUAAUGCAUUGGAUUCGUUGGGAGAGGAUGCUGAGAUUGAGCUUGACUUUGGUGGUUUCGGCGCUGAUGCGUCUGACGCGGCGAAGCCUACGUCUUGGGGAGCAAGUUUACCUACGGCCGGUAUAACUGGUGCGGGUGCUGUGGCCGGCGCAGAAGAUGCGGAGACCUCUGUGUCUGCCGAUCUGCGGAAGGCUGCCUCGCGUGGGAAGGACGCCGGCACGACUUGCAAAGAACGGUUCAAUUAUGCAUCGUUUGAUUGUGCAGCAACCGUGCUGAAGACGAAUCCCGAAUGUAAAGGGUCAUCAUCGGUCUUGGUAGAGAAUAAGGACAGUUAUAUGCUCAAUGAAUGCCGCGCAAAGAACAAAUUCCUCAUUCUCGAAUUGUGCGACGACAUUCUGGUUGAUACUGUCGUUCUUGCCAACUACGAGUUCUUCAGUUCUAUCUUCCAUACCUUCCGUGUGAGCGUCGCUGAUCGGUAUCCGGCCAAGACCGACCAAUGGAGGGAAUUAGGUGUCUACGAAGCGCGUAAUACCCGCGAGAUUCAAGCCUUUGCAGUCGAAAACCCGCUCAUUUGGGCUCGAUAUGUGAAAAUUGAGUUCCUGACACACUAUGGGAAUGAGUUCUACUGCCCUCUCAGUUUGGUCAGAAUCCAUGGAACGACCAUGCUGGAAGAAUAUAAACACGACGGUGACACUAAUCGUGCCGACGAGGAGGCCGCUGUGGAGGCGCUGGAGCCGAGUCCUCUUCCAGUCGAGCCUGACGUGAGAGACGUCGCACAGCAGCCUCCAACCACUGUGGCCGUGUCUGAUGAACCUGCCAUUGAGCCAACAGUUAUCAUCGAGGCGCAGGGAUCUUGUUCCUAUCAGGGUAUAGAGGUUAUCAGACUUUUACAGCAGGGCGUUUCCACACCCGUGGAUACUUGCGAUAUACGUACUGCACCGACUGGAGCUGGGAAUGACGCGGCUAACCAAUUGACUGAGAGCCGCCCGAAGGCGAACGAAGAAACUACUCCAAGUGCAGAAGCUUCAGUACCUGUCUCUCGGGUUGACCCCUCGGAUAAGGGCUCGGUGGGCGGCCAGAAAGUAACAGGGCCUCCCCGUGCGAGUCCAGAUUCGGCCUCUUCUAUGACACAAGGUACAGAAACGGUGCGACAGGAUGCGACACAUGAGUCCGAGAUUAAGUCGGUCAGUUCCCCUAAGGAGGAGUCCAGCAUAUCCUCGGAAUCGGUGCGGCCUUCCGGGACGCAGCCUCCAUCCUCGAACCCCACCACCCAAGAGUCUUUCUUUAAGUCCGUCAAUAAACGGCUGCAGAUGCUAGAGUCCAAUUCGACUCUAUCGUUGUUGUAUAUUGAAGAGCAGUCUCGGAUCCUACGGGAUGCGUUUAGCAAGGUAGAGAAACGCCAGCUGGCCAAAACCUCCACGUUCUUGGAGAACUUGAACGUGACCGUUUUAAACGAGCUGAGGCAGUUCCGCGAACAGUACGAUCAGGUAUGGAAAAGCGUUGCCCUGGAAUUCGAGCACCAGCGAAUCCAGUACCAUCAAGAGAUCCACUCGAUCAGUGCCCAGCUCGGGGUUCUAGCCGAUGAGUUGGUGUUUCAGAAGCGAGUGUCCGUGAUCCAGAGUAUUAUGAUCCUCUUCUGCUUCGCUCUUGUCCUCUUUUCACGUGUUCCGGUGGGCACGUACAUUGAUAUACCGCGUGUGCAGAAUAUGAUGAAUCGCUCCUAUAGCCUGCGCUCGUCAUCGCCGAUAUUUUUCGGCUCUCCUUCGGCAAGCCCAAGUUCGACGCGACCUACGUCGUCGUACCGGCCCACGGGGCGCCAUCGACGCAAUAUGUCGGAAGACUCACAGGAAGAACCACUCAGUCCGACUAUUGCAUACUCUCCCCCGACACCUACGUCCGACCCGCCUAGCCCUGACGAAGUGGAUAAAAGGCCGGCCCCUUCUCUGGAUACUGUCAGCAUGCCGGACCUGGCGCCGCCCCACUUCCGGUCGCACAGCAGUCCUCCAGUACUCAACCCUGCCGACGAGGAAAGUCCGAGUGAAGAGAGCCCGAUAUCGUAUGAAUCACGGGGAUCAUCUGACUAUGAUUCUCCAGGUUCUACGGAGAGCAGCGAGCCGAUUUUGGCGAGCAACAACAUACAACAAGAAGGAUGA